AUGUAUUUUUUUGUCAGCUAUUUUGGUUAUGGAUACAAAAAAGUUUAGAGACAUCUUAACUUUUUGAUUAUUUAAAUUUCUGUAAGUCACAUUUACUUCAAAUAUACCAUAAUUAAAGGGAAAAACCAAGAUCAUUAACAUUAUCUAUUAAUGAAGGUCAAACAUUGCUAGAAAAGAAAUAUUGAUAUAUAAAGAGAUUAUUUAACAAAUUAUUAUUAAUCCAUAGAAGAUAUUAGGUUCCACUUAGAAAAAUUAUUAAUUAAUAUUACCUUCUGGUAUAAAAAUAGCCAAUUACUAGGUAUAUUGAUUCUAUCAAAUCAAAAUUUAUUCCUUAUAAUUUAUAUUUAGGAAUAUUACUUUUGAUAAGUUUUAGGAAUAAAUUAUGCGGUUGUAAGAUUCCUAUUGAAAUUUAUAUCCAAAAGCUUAUUAUUUAAUUUCUUAAAAAGAUUAAAAUGAUGCUUAAUUUAGUCGAUUCUAAGAUGAUGUUAUAUUUAAUAAAACUACUGGUGAUUAUAAUUUAGAUAAUCUAAUUGUUUUCUUCAAUCCAACUUAUAAUCAAGAUAUAGUUCUUCUAUUGUUAAUUGAAUUCAAUAGUGUUUCAUUCCCUUAAUCAGAAGAGAGUCAUCCUUUUUUAACUUAUAAUUAUGUCACAAAUUAUUAAUUACAUGUGGACUUAAGAACAUUUUCUUUUAAAUUAGGUGGAUUCUUCAAUCAAUCUUUAGGUGGAUGUGUUUUUUAUGAUACAUUGAACAUCAUAUUAAAUGUCUUAGGCAGCUCAAACUUGUAGUUAUAAAGAUGAUUCUAAAAAUAAAAUCUUAGGAAUCAAGUAUGAUAGAAUUAAGAGAGCAUUAUUGGAGAGCAUAUUAUUAUAGUUUAACUAUUGAGCAUUGUUAAAAUUGGGAGGAGAAUUACAAAAGUGGUUGGAAACCUGGAGAUGAAUCGUGCAUGAUAGAAAAUAUUGGAGCUUUAUGUGAGGAGUGUGAUUUAUAUAAUUCUAGAGGAAGUGGAUCUUAUUCUGUAACUUCAGCUUAUUCAUAUAGAUAAUUGUGAUUUAAUAGCUUAUAAUAUUAUCAAAAUGAUAUUUAUAAUUCUUAGGACUUUGAUUACAACUUUAAUGUCGGUAAGUAGCACUAGAGAAAUGAUUGAGGAAUUUGUUAAAGGUAUAAGCUUGAAGACUUUUGGAUUUAGAGUAGCAAUAAAAGAAGUCCUAACUGCUAUUCUUAUCAAAGUAUUAAUCUCUUCACAUCAUUUCAAUUAUUUCUACCUUUUAAUAACAAGUACCAGCAGGAUUAGCCUCAGUUUUCAAUACUGUUGA